CUAAAAGUACUUAACAACUAUCGCGGAAUCAAACUCGAGGAUUCAAAUGUGUUGUGGGGUCUCAACUAUAAAUGGCUGGAAGUUCAAGAGCCCCCCUAAACGAAAAUGCUGGAUCCGCCACUGUUUGUAGAUGAAGAAAAUAAAGAAUAAAUACGUUGCAGAACUCCAAAAAAUGUCAUAGCUCUAUGACAUGAGCUAGCCACAUCAGAAAGUGUCAGAUUAAGAUUAUGACAACCGCAAGGCUCUGUUCUCUUCAACAAUGGAGGUUCCCUCAACAGCUCCUCCUAAUCGUCCUCGAAUGACUUAUGAUGUUUUCAUAAGUUUCAGAGGAGAAGACACUCGCAACAAUUUCGUCGGAUUUUUGUACGAGGACUUGCGUCAAUUGGGAAUAAUGACUUUUAUGGACGAUAAGAAGCUCUUAAUCGGGGACGAUCUUAGUGAAAAGCUUGUGAAAGCAAUUGAAGAAUCCAGGUCUUCAAUCGUGGUUCUAUCGAAAGAUUAUGCUUCUUCCAAGUGGUGCUUGAAAGAGUUAGCCAAGAUAAUGGAUUGUAUGUCUGAGACGACACAUCGAGUUCUUCCUGUGUUUUACCAUGUGGAUCCUUCCCAUGUUCGACACCAGUCUGGAAAUUUCAGAAAAAGCUUUGAUGAACAUGAAGAGAAGGCUCAAAAGUUCACAGGCCAGCAAAAAGAGGAAUACUGGAAGGAGGUUCGAAAUUGGAAGGAUUCCAUGACAAAAAUUGGCAACCUCGCGGGAGAAGUUGUUACACAACACAGCUCUGAAGUAGAUGUUGUCAAGAAAUCACUAACCAGAUAUUUGAAACAUGGCGCCCUAGGAUAGUAACUUCAGACAAGAAUUUAGUUGGAAUGACUCAUCAGUUGCUAAAAAUGAAUGUGCAACUUGGUUUAGGAUUGGAUG